AACCCCCACCCAACGUGAAGUAGUUAAUUCCUGUACUGUACGGCACAGUUAUAGUAAGUGGACAAGACUGAGUCGAGGCGGUUAAAACUCAUCGCCGGCCGACUGGUUCAUCGCAGAGACACAGGAGACAAAAGAUUUAACACCCACAACCGGCAAUGUGAAACGUGUUGCAGUGAAUUAUUAAUUAAAUUAAAAUUACAUUGAGUGUCAAUUGUGAGCAGAGAAAGGCAUCUUCGUCAUGAACGUCGCAACACCCAAUCAUGUGCAGAAGUUAGUAGAAGCUCUCCAUGAUGCAUCGAAACUAAUGGAAACAAACGUCAAAUACGAAGAUGUUGCUGUUUGCUUAGGAAGCACUGGAUCUGGCAAAAGCACCUUAAUAAAUGCCCUCAUUGGUAACCGUUUGAAAGCUGAAAGAAUUGGAAGAGGCAACUUCCUAAAGAUAUCGUUGGCUGAUGGUCAAUCUUCAGGACCUCAAAUGGGAAUCGCUUCUACAGUUUCCUCAAGUUGGAUGUCAAAUACUUUUCCUUCCAUGAGUAUCUGGGAUACUCCUGGCUUCGAUGAUGCAAGAGGUGCUUCGCGGGAUGUAGUUAAUGCUUCCUACAUUUUCUUUUUAAUUCGAAGAGUUAAGUCAUUAAAGGUUAUCGUAGUUGUAGACAUUAAUGACAUUCUAAAUGAUAAUGUCAAACCAUUUUUGUCUCUUUUAAAUGCACUUGAACAUCUUUUGGGGGAUCAAAUGAAAUCCAUGUUUUCAAGUAUCUCCGUUGUUUUUUCAAAGGUACCCGAUUUUAUAAAUGAUAUUCCAGUAAAUAUCGAAUUUAUUACCGAGACAUUAAAAGAACAGUUUUUGACGACCGAGGACUUGCUUUUAACUCCUUUGACGAAAGACUUUUUACUGUAUUUAACAGAAAAUGUGGAUCGCGUCGCUCUUUUUAAAAGAGUGGAACCAGGCGAAAAUAUCUUUGUAGCAACUGAUAAUAUUCGUCAAGUUAUUAAUAAUUCCACAAGCUUAACUAAUGACGCUCUAAAGAAAUUGAAAAUUUGUAUUCCCGAUUCUUCCAAGAUUUUUCUAUUCAAUGCGCGUUCAGUUUUAACUUCAAAAGCAGAAUUUAUUGAAUUAGGUAACAUUUUGCGUUCCGUAUAUGAGUCAAAAAAUGAUGUUUUAAAGGAUAUAAUAAAUAAGAAAGCGAACGAAUGUGAAAUACAAACUUAUCUUAAUGAUUUAAAGAUAUUCGGAAAACAAAUUUCUAUCAUAAUUCAAGAAAACAAUUUAACACUGAAAAUUGAACUUCUAAAAUCCAUUGAUGUUUCAAUUCGAAACAAAAUUGAAGAACAUAGAUUGACGGAGAGAGCACCAUUAAUUAAGUUCAGUGACAAAAUUUUAGAAAUGAAUGAAUUGGAUGAAUUUUCUUUAAAUCUGCAUUCAAUUCUGUUUUAUGUAUCUUCGAAAGUAGAAAAAGCUAUUUUAUUUUAUAAUUUUAUAUUAGGGACGAUACCAGAUAAAGAAUAUUAUGUUUUGAUAAAUGAAGAACGUAAAGAGUAUAAAAAAAGGUUGUAUGAUUGUGAAAAGAAAUUACAAAAAGUAAUAAGCAAAAAUAAUGAAAGAAAAGUUUUCUUUGAGAAUUUAGGUACUAAAAAAAUAGUUUUGUUUUCUGAAUCAGAAUUAGAUGAAUUACUAAAGAAACAAAAUGAAAAUUGGAAAAAUGAAAUCGAAGAAUUUGAAAGAAGGGUUCAUCAAAUAAAUGAGGAAUUGCAAAAUGUAGUAGUAGAACCAAAAUUUAAUGAUAAAGCAUCUAUGGCCCAACCUCGUUCGAAGGCAUUACAAUCAGAAUUCAGUACAAGAGACGACCCUACAUUGUUUUGGACACUUUUUAUUGUAAAACUUAUAGCAAUAGUUUUCUUUUGUUGGUACAAUUGGGACAAAAUAGUACAAACUUUUUAUUUGUUUAAAAAAUUAGUAAAUAAAUUAGUAAGAGUCCGACAGUAAUCGGCCACUUAAAAAAGCUUUAAAAAACCGUCUAAAAAUUUUUUUUUCUAUUACAAAAGUUUAGAUUUGUUUAUGAUCACCUUAGAAAUGAUUAGCAACAAACAAAAUAUUUUUAUCUCAUACGGUUUUAUAGCUAUUCAAAAUUGAAAAGUGGCCGACUACUGUCUGGUUUACCCUAUAUAGUGUAUAUUAUACACUAAAUAGUAAAUACCAACAAAUCAAGAGAAACAACUUAUCAAGAGAAAAAUUAAACUAUGGAAAUAUAAACUUUGAAUGUAAAAGAUGUAUUUUACAUUGUGAUUUUAUAGUUGGGACGUCGGAACUGGAAGUUUUGAGUAAUGAAGUAAAUAAAUUUAAAACAAAGGAUGGUAAAAUACAUGAGAAGCUGCAAAAUCUAUAGUAGUAGAGAAUAAUUGUAUCAUUAUUUUUUCAAAAUAGUUACAAAUAAUUUGAUUUUCAUUUAGUGACAUAUUUUUGUCAAAGAAUAUAUUAAUCUAAAAAAUGAAUUAUUUUAAUCUUCUUUGUUGCAUAAAUUUGUGCUCUAACACUAUUUAAUAUUUUA